AUGAUCCACAUGCAACAAUAUCUCUACGGAAGUAUCUAGGCAUGAAAUACAAAACAAAAAAAGCUAACCUGCAAAUCUCGUACGUCUCACUGUACUUCUGGCCCGCCAACAGUUUCAUUUUCUUUAUUUUCCCCCAGUACCAAUGCAAGAAUCUGAAGUACCCAGUUCUUUGAAGAGGUUUCUGCAGGAGGCCCGUGAAUUCAAAUAAUACGUAUUACACGCUUUUGGACCUUGAAAACUUUUGUUUGACUUCAAGAUUUACCCCAAAAUAUUAUCCCAUAUGACAUUAUGGAAUGAAAGUAUGCAAGCUUUUUCAUUUCUAUGUUGCCUAUGUCUGCUAACACUCGAAUUGCAAAUACAGAUUUGUUAAGGCGUUUCUGCAGUUCUGUGGUGUGCUCCUCCCAACUGAAUUUAUUAUCAAGUUGUAAUCCCAGGACUUUUAAGACUGUCAACCUCGUAUGUAUGGUUCCAUUUUCUCCCCCCACUUCUUUUCCGCAUGUGCACACAAUGCAAUUGGAGUACGUAGAACUGCUGCGGUUAAUAACAAGUUGUUGUCAGCCAUCUUGAACUUCGACGAAAAAUUUGAACAGGCGUCUAAAGCUAGCGAAAUGAGGGAUGCUCAACUACCGGACCUACCGAUAGAUGGCUCUACCAGCUGAUUACUGUCGUCUGUAUUGCCCGCCAUAUUCGAAUUUGGCAAGAAGUUUCUCUCGGUCUGUGCGGUGUAUAAGGAAUUAAGGAUUAUGGAAAUGGUAAUUUCUUGUUCCGCUUUCAAUUGUACGAAGCGAUGGAGUAAGGAAGGUGACUUACCAUUUCACAGGUAAUAGGACUACUGAUACAAUACAGACUUAGUGCGUUUGCUAAUUAGAUGUUUUUGAACAGGUUUCCUCUAAAGCACCCAGAGCUGCUGAAGAAGUGGAUUACUUCCGUGAAGCGGAAAUGUUUUAAUCCUACGUCUUACAGUUUUCUUUGCGGAAGCCAUUUCCGACAAGAGGAUUACGUAGUGAGCCCCGGAACGUGGAAGAAACGUCUCAAACCCGAAGCAGUGCCAUAAGUUUUUGACUUUCCGACACAUUUGAUGCCACCAAAUAAACAGCCACGACGACAUGUUGUUAGGAUUGUGGGUGACUACGAUGCUUCUCCAUUUGAGCGUCCUGUCAUGGAAUCUGUGCUCGAUUUGCCCACUGUAGAAGCUACUGAUUGCGUGGACAAUGUUGUCAAUGAGAAUUAUUGCGUGGAAAGCAUGACCCAUUUAUCCAAUGCAGAAGCUGCGAAUUGUGUCGAAAACAGUGCAGUUGCUUCUUCAGUAAUUGAUUGUGGUAUGCAGUCGAAAGUAGGAAUGGAAGACAAGGCGACCGAAAUUUGCAAUUUUUUCUCAGACAUUGUGCACGAAUUAAAACGUAAACUGAAGUGCGUCCGUGAAAAACUUCGAAGAAGAGAGAAGAAAGUGUUUUCCAUGGAUGACAUCAUAAGUUCAUUGAAGGAGGAGGGGCAUCUUCCUGAGAAGUUACAUAACUUCCUCAAUCAUCAGAAAGGAACACAAGUGGAAUUAGUGUGCAAUUUAGUGAACAACUCUCUCUCAUCAAAGGGUAAUAGAUACACAAUAAAUGUGAAAAUGUUUGCGAUGACUGUGUACUUUUAUUCACCAGCAGCAUAUGCAUACCUGCAAAAAUUAAUGCAUCUGCCCCAUAAAUCAUUGAUUUCCAAAUGGGUGGCAGUGUAGACUGUGAACCUGGCCUCUUAAAAGAUGUUUUUAAGUUCAUUGAUUUGAACCAAUUGUAAGGGACCAGUUCAGCGAUUCAUGUCUAAUAGUAGACAGUAUGGCAAUUAGGAAGCAAGUAGUUUGGGACCAAGGAAGUAAGUGAUACACAGGUUUUAUGGACUUUGGUGUGGAAGUGCCUCAGUCAAAAGAAGUAAUAGAGGUAUCUGAGGCUCUGGUUUUCAUGCUUGUCUCUAUUAAAGGCAAAUUUAAAUGCCCAAUUGAAUAUUUAUUUAUCAGUGUUGUACAGGCAAAUAAUCAGGCCACACUGAUAAAAUCUGCUUUAGAGAGGCUGCACAGUUCUGGCAUUAGGGUUUGGUGUGUUACAUGUGAUGGCUGCAAGGUAAAUAUAAGCACUUUAUGUUCACUUGGCUGUACUUUAAAUUUUUCCAAGGGUGAUUUUAAAAGCCACUUUCCUUGUGGAAAAAUACAAUGUUCAUUGUAUCUUGGACAUGUGUCAUAUGAUUAAGUUAGCCAGAAACGCUCUAGCAGAAGUAUCUGUUAUUGAGUCUCCAACUGGCAUUAUUGGAUGGCAUUUCAUUGAGCAAUUGAACAAGGUACAACAAGAAGGUAUGACAUUUGCCAACAAACUAUCAGGACAACAUAUAGCCUAAGUUAUGUAAAUAGAAAAAUGAAUGUUUCAUUAGCUGCACAGACUUUGAGUUCUAGUGUGGCAGAUAGUAUGGAGUUUUUGAGGAGGGUUGGUGAUCUAAAUUUUAAAGAAAGUGAAAGCAACAGUAGAAUUUUUGAUAUUCUGAACUCCAGAAAUCGAUUAGGUAAAGGGUACAAGAGCCCCCUGAGACUUGACAACAAUUCUUAUUGGCUUGGUAUUUUCAGAGACACUGAAAAUUAUAUCAAAAGCUGAAAAAUCAUAGGUGUUCCGUUGCUGCUCCAUGCAAGAAAUACUUUUGCUUUUUGGAUAAUUUUCAAUGUGCAAUCAGUCAGGCACAUAGCUCUGGCAAGUAUGUUUUGUGUUGAAUUUCCUCUGAAGUAUUUGCUAACAUAUAAACUGUCACAAGACCACAUAGUUGGCCCCCCCCCCCCCCUGCAUUCGGUCCAGAGGUGGUUGGAACAACAAUCCAAAUGCAUACCAGUUCAAAUGUGCCAUGAGAAAGUUGCUCUUGGGUAACAGUGUCACUGCAAUGAAUGGGAAUUGCUCAAAUUUUAAUGUGUGUUGUUUGCCAACUGUUUGUGAUUUUCAUGCAAGAAAGCAUGUAGCAGAAAGCGAUGAAAGUGCUGCAGAAAAUGAAGUAGAAAAGUGGUGUGCACUUCUUGAUGAUAAGAUUAAGUUCUCAUUUUACAAGCAAAAUAUACUCUAUUAUAUUGCAGGGUAUGUGUCAUUGCACCUUUCAAGGCAGAUCACAUGCAAAGACUGUCUUCACAUACUGAAGCCACCAGUAGUUAAAUCUGCAUUAGAAUGUGAUGCUCUCCAAGCUUUUCCCAAUAUGGCCAAUAAAAAUGCAUUUGUAAAUUUUGUUAACCGGGGAAAACUGGUUAAAACAAGUGACUGUGUGUACUCUGUUAUAGAAUACUCAGAGAAACUGUUUCAGAUGUUUGUGAUUGCUGGGGAUAGGCGACAGAAAUAUAUACAGGCCAAGAUUUUUCAUUGUGUUAAAAAUAAAUUUGUAGUUUAGCCAUUUCCUGCUCUUGGUCAUGAUUACUAUUAUGAAAUUGAGGACUUACAUCAGACUCAACUUGUUUGUAAGAUUGCAUCCCUGUACUCCUGCAUAUGCUUAAAAACAUAUGGAAAAAAAGUCUGCUGAGAAAAUUUUAAACAACAAAUCAAGUAUAAGGCAGAAGUUAAAUAAACUCAUAUUGUUUAAUCAUGUAUAGUGCUCAAAUUGGAAAAGAUUAUGUAAUGGGACAUUCCAUGCAGAUGGAUGUGACAUUUUGGCAGAUUUUUUAAAACUAUUUUGUCCAUAGGUUUGUUGUUGUGUAAUGAUGAACUUCAAAGGAUGAAUCACAUUGAAGUAAAAUUAACUCUUUACAUCCUGUGUAGAUAUUGUAACAAAAUUAUAAUUGUUUAUUAUAUAAGCUUAUUUUAAGAUGUUUGGUGUUACAAAAUAUGCACUUGCAUUAAAAACAGGUGAUUUGUGUGAAAUUAAUGAAAAAAAUGUUCUGAGACUUAUUUGACAGAUGGCUUUCAGUGUGAGAAAAUAGUUCCCUCAAUAACUAUGUUAACUUGAAUUUUUCACUUUAAGAAAACAGUUUAAU